CAUCUUUGCGCGAAAUACAAAACUUACAUUGGAGUCGAAAAUGGAGACAAUUUUAGGUGCUAAACAACCCGUUUUACAUCCUUUUAAUAAGCUCCCGGAGUUGAAUUCAGCCGUUGUGUUGCUGAUAGGAUUCCAGUCUAUCAAGAAGAAAGAGUUGGCUGAAGCCAUGGUGGCACUCAACACUGAAUUCUGCCUUCAAGUCCGUACUGCUACCCAGCUGCCGCUCCCAUCCAUUAAUGAUGAGCAGAGACCUAAGAUUGACCUGAUUGUCUUCAUCCUUGAUGUAAAUGUCAAUAUGAGCCUGAAGACUGUUGCCGAUUCAUUGCCACAUUUAGAUCCUACGUACUUCCUUGGGAGGGUUUGUUUUCUAGCUCUUAAUGCCCCCAGUGAGAAGACACAAUGUGCUGAUUUAGGAGACAUUCUAGCUCUAUGUGAUGCAUAUGAUUCACCACUGAUCUGUGGAGAUCUAGAGACACAAGAACAGAGGGAGUCCCUUGCAAGACGUCUUGUUGAGAUGACGGAGAUAGCUGCAGGAUUUAAGAAUGGUAUAAGCCCCCUCCUUAUCCAGUCUACAAGACGCUCAUAUCAGUUUGUGAAGAGCCUCUAACAAGGUUGAACUGU